AAUUUAGCGCAACAGGAAACGUGCCCAUGAAGGAAGUCUCGCCGUCCUCUCUUGGUGUCCGCCGGACAGCCACCACCACCACUCCGCCGGCGUCAAAUUCUCGUGAUUCUUGUGAAAAUGAAUUUUCUGUGGCGGAUUUGCAGCCGGGAUCAGUUUGGUUUACCAUGAAAGACGAGGAGUGCAUGGAGGUGGAAUGUGAAGAGUUGGUGACAGAGGGCAUGGAAAUUGAUGGUUCUUGUGGUGAAAUAAAUUUGAAUUUGGAAGGUAGAGAAAGUAGGAGCACUCGAAAAACCAAGGCAUUGAGUUUGAUUGUGGCUCUGGCUCACGACACAGGUGCAACCCCUGGCACUACAAGGCAGACUGGUCCUACUGCAGCUGGACAAUGCGAGUCGGACGCCCUUCACAGUGAUGUCCCUUCUGAAUCUGAGAUCGAUGAAUUUUUUGACAGCGUAGAGCAGUUACAGCAAUGCAGUUUUAUUGAGAAGUAUAACUUCGACUUCGUGAAGGAAUUGCCCCUCCCGGGACGUUACGAGUGGGUGAAAUUGAAUCCUGGAGCAGAAUGAUAUUGUUGACAGUAAACUUCAUGGUUGUAAUUUGCAAGAAGACAUUAGUUAGGUACAAAGUCUUUUCUUUAUUUCAUUUAACUAUGUGGUGAAAAAUAAUAAGAGAUAAUUAGUUGAGCCUCGUUUAGUUUUGUGUUGAGAAAUAUGAGAUGAUUCUCUGCAGCUUUGAAUGAAAUUUGUACAUUUACAAUUAUAAUGUGUCUGGCUCUGUAAACUUGUGGUGUAAAGGUGCUGCUGAGAGUGAUCCAAGGGGGCAUUUAUUGU